UGAGGAGGGGGUAAUAGACUCCGGAGCUUGUGCGGGGCGCACCGCGCUGCCUCCAUGCGUCAUCAUAAACACACAAAUUCUCUUUUUUAAAAAAAUUUAAAAAUACAAAAAACAACAAAUGAAGACAGAAAGACGCGGCAGUCCGGGCCGGACUGAUCACUGACCUCAGCAGUGCGCGCUCACGGAAAGACCGUAUACGAGACCUGGACGCGGAAGAAGUGAGAGAACGGAGAGGAGGAGGUAGAGGUGGACAGCACGAAUCCCCCAGCAUGACUCUGGGGACGGACGCGUCGGAGAGCCCGGCGCUGUCCGACGACGUGGUCAUCGACGUGGUCGGUGGAGACGGCGUGAGAGACGGAAAAUAUCUGCACCAUCCUCGCAUUUUCCACCCGGACCACGACUCCGACGACCCUCUGUCGUCCCACGAGGUUGGGGAGGGCACUGCCAGCGGGUCCGAGGGCCCGGAUGACGACCGCGUCGUGGCUCGAGGCGAAUCCGGAACUGGAGCCGACCCACUGAUUGGGGACAAACCGGCUAAAAAUGCUUUGGUGAAGCCUCCCUAUUCCUACAUCGCGUUAAUCACGAUGGCCAUCUUGCAGAGUCCGAAGAAACGGCUGACGCUGAGCGAGAUCUGCGAGUUCAUCAGCAACAGGUUCCCGUACUACCGAGAAAAGUUCCCAGCCUGGCAGAACUCCAUCCGGCACAACCUAUCGCUCAACGACUGCUUCGUCAAGAUUCCACGGGAGCCUGGGAAUCCAGGAAAGGGCAACUACUGGACGCUGGACCCGGAGUCGGCCGACAUGUUUGACAACGGCAGCUUUCUGCGCAGGCGGAAGCGCUUCAAGAGACACCAGAGCAGCGACGUGGUUCUCCGUGACGCGGGCGGAUUCCUGCCGGGGUUUGGAUACGGCCCUUACGGCUGUUACGGCCCUGGUGCCGCUGGCGCUGGCGGCUACGGACUGGCACUGCAGAACUUCCACGCGUACCACCACCACCAUCACCACCACCCGGCUGGGACGUUCCCUUUCCAGGGCGCGCCGUGUCCCCUUCCCGCAGUGCCAUCUUCCAUCUUCUCCUCGUCGCCGCACACCGUGUCUCCCUCUCUUCUGGGAGCAGAACUAAGGAAGCCCUUCUACCCGCAGCUCGGUCCCGCACUGGCGCCUCCUAAAACGGACACGAACGCGUCGCGUCGCCCGUCUUUCUCCAUAGACAACAUCAUCGGCGCGACCAGCUCGCCGCCCUCGGCGCCCUACAGCGCCCAGUUACCGGCGGGUCAGGCACAGAUCCUAGCUAUGCUCACCCCACCGUCCUCCAACCACUUGAACCUCUCACCGGAAACGAUUGCACCCAGCUCGUGCGCGGACUUUCUCCGGUAAAACGAGGACAACAAACUUUAUUUUUUCUCCCUAGUCUUUUUCACCCCCAGAACGGCGAGCGAGCCUGAAUGCGCCGCGGUCCGUUUUUAAAAAAUGCGACAAUUUUGCCAAGGUAGGAACUGACUAUUUUGUGAGGCUUAAAAAUGAUCUCUUCUCUUUUGUGUGUGGAAAUUUGAGAGUAAACAAACAAACAAACAAAAAAUCUUAAUUAAUUGCGUUAUAUUUAUGAACUGUAAAUAUGUACUAUAUUGAGAAACAACAUCAUGUACAGGCAGAAAUGAACAUUUAAAAAAAGAAAGAAAGAAAGAAAGAAAGAAAGAAAGAAAGAAAGAAAAGGUAGUCCGAGGUUAACCUUUGACCUUUGAUUUCCAGUCCAGCUGUUUUUUUUUAAACCGGAAAACAUUCAAAACGUUAAUUUGCUCUCCUUGUGAACAGUGGGGUUUUUCUGUCUGCGCGCUUACAGAUUGUUAUUGCUAUUGUUAUGGUUUAUAUAUAUAUAUAUAUAUAUAUUUUUUGUGAGUUUUGUGAAAAAAAGAAAGCACUGUUUAAUAAGUAGAAAAGACCGAAAAUAUCGACUCAGGUUUACUUUUUCCUUUUGUUUCUUUUAUUAUUAUUAUUAUUAUUUUUUGUUUUUGGAAAAGCACAUUAUUGCCAGUGACAGUGGGGUUUUCUGCCCAAAUCAGCGGUAUAUCAGUGUCAAACAUAGCUGUUUUUUAUUUUUUGUUCUACAUUUUUUUAAAUUCUUUAGAUUUUUUUGUCUUCAGACAAAAAAAAUAUAUGUGGCGUUGAUGUAACUCGCAUUACCUCUCCUCCUGUCUGACUGUGCAUACAAUUUUUUUCUCUUAUUAUUAUUAUUAUUAUUACAUUGAAGAUAAUCUGUGAAGAGAAUGUCGCUAUGUUGUAAAAAGAAAAAACAGAUAAACACACGUCAUGUUCAUAGGUCAUUUGGUUGUAAUGACAAGAAAAUAAAUGUUGUGAAUUUUAAAGCUGGGUUUUUUUUAUUCGUUAAUAAUUUUUGUGCUCCGUAGAGACAGGGUUAAAUUAGCUGUAAGGAAAAUGAAGAUAGCUUUAAAGUGCGGCUUAAACUUUAGACUGUUUAUGGUUUUUCACGAUUUUUUUUACAGAUUUUUUUGUGAUAUAAUGACUAAUAACUUUAAAAAGCAUUUUUAAUGGAAAUGUAUUGGAAGUCUUAAAAUAAUCCCUCACGUCUAGAUGUGAGCCUUCACAGUUCUAUAGGCUUCUUUGAAUUUUUCAACACUAUUCACUUUGCUUUUAUUCCUCUUGUUUCUUCACCUUUCCAGACAUUAAGCCUUGUCGUGCAUUAACUACACAGGAAGCUGUACAGUAAAAAGCGGAAGUGUGGAACCAUGGCAGGUUAAAUGCCAGUGCAGUGCAGGUGAAAGAGGCCUGGAGUGAUGGAUAUGAGUGCUGAUUUUUCUCUCUUUUUUUGACCUUAAUGACCUAAAUUUUUAAUUAUUAUGGACUGAAACCCAGUAAUACCUUCAGCAGGUUUGUAAAUAAAAGGCACAAGCAGACUUUAAUAUAAAAAGCAGAAUAAAAUUUUGCAAAUGAAUAAAUAUUUAGAAUAAACUUUAAAACAGCGCCGAAAAACAUCGAAUCAACACGGGACUAACACAAACCGCAAAAAAAUCUAAACAACAACAACAAAAAAGCUGCUUUCAUGAAGUAAAAACCGUAAAUAAAAAAAAAAAACAUGUUUCUAGUUUUGUUCUUAAAACAUUUUACUUUUUAUUGAAAAAAAGACGUGUUGCAUUUCAACUUCUGAAAUAAACGGGCCAAAUACUCUAUACAUUACUCGAAUUAUUUAAAUAUAAAUAUAAAAUAAAUUAUAAAUUUUCUUUGUUGACCUUUUUUUUACACAUCUCUGCUUUGUUGAUUUAUUAUUG